CGUGCUGCUCCGGUGACCAACCACUAAACCCUGCCUUCUCGGAAAAAGAAACCCCCCACUCUCCGCUUCCCCCUCCUUAGAAAAGGAGGCCCUUUUUUCUAAUACUCCCCUCCCCCUUCUCCUUCCGCAUGUUCCCUUUGUCGCAGAGCAUGUGGCCUCUUACCGCCUGUUCCCUCCUCCUCCUCCUCUUCUCGUCGAGCACCCCCUUCUUCCCCUCUUCCGAGGCGGGCUCCAUAGGAGUGAACUAUGGGCGGGUAGCGAACAACCUCCCGCCGCCGGCGAACGUGGUGCAGCUCCUCAAGUCCCAGGGCAUCGACCAGGUCAAGCUCUAUGACGCCGACCCCACCGUCCUCCGCGCCCUCGCCGGCACCGGCAUCCGCGUCGUUGUUGCCCUUCCCAACGAGCAGCUCGCCGCCGCCGCCACGCGCCAGGGAUUCGCCCUCGCCUGGGUCCAGCGCAACGUGGCCGCCUACCACCCGGCCACCCAGAUCCAGGCCAUUGCCGUGGGGAAUGAGGUUUUUGUCGACCCACGCAACCUGACUGCCUCCCUGGUCCCGGCCAUGCAGAACGUCCACACCGCCCUCGCCCGUCUCCGCCUCGACGCCGACGUUAAAGUCUCGUCUCCCAUUGCCCUCACUGCUCUCCAGAACUCGUAUCCCUCCUCCGCCGGCUCGUUCCGAUCCAACCUGGCGGAGCCGGUGAUGAAGCCCAUGCUGGAGCUCCUCCGCCAGACCGGCUCCUACCUCAUGGUCAACGCCUAUCCGUUCUUCGCCUACGAGGCCAACACCGACGUCAUCUCCCUCGACUACGCCCUCUUCCGCCCCAACCCGGGCGUGCUCGACAGCGGGAGCGGGCUCAAAUACUACAGCCUGCUCGACGCCCAGAUAGACGCCGUUUUCGCGGCCAUGUCGGCCCUCAAGUAUGACGACGUUAAAGUCGUCAUCUCCGAGACGGGGUGGCCGUCCAAGGGGGACACGAAAGAGACGGGGGCGGGGGCCGCGAACGCGGCGGCGUACAAUGGCAAUCUGGUGCGGCGGGUGCUCUCCGGCAACGCCGGGACGCCGCGUCGGCCGCAGGCGGACCUCGUCGUCUACCUCUUCGCCCUCUUCAACGAGAACCAGAAGCCCGGACCCACGUCGGAGAGGAACUACGGCCUCUUCUACCCGGACGAGGGGAAAGUAUACGACAUCGAGUUCACUUUAAGCGGUGGCGGCGGCAGUAGCAACGGUGGAGCGGGCUUAAGGUGGCGGGAGUACAGGGGGAGAGCGAGCGGAGGGGAUAGCUCCCCGUCCCCUUCGUCUUCCUCCUCGUCGUCUUCUUCGACGGGGAGUGGGAGAGUGUCGGCGAGCUCAACAGGGGAGAAGUGGUGCGUGGCGAACGCGAUGGUGGCGAGGGAGAGGCUGCAGGCGGCGCUGGACUACGCGUGCGGGGAGGGAGGGGCGGACUGCCGGUCGAUCCAGCCCGGCGCUGGCUGCUACGAGCCCAACACCUUGGAGGCCCACGCCUCCUACGCCUUCAACUCCUACUUCCAGAAGAAAGGCCGCGGGGUCGGCACCUGCGACUUCGAGGGCGCCGCUUACGUCGUCUCCCAGCCCCCUAAUGUUGGGAAGUGUACGCUCCCCGCUGGACCUUGAACGGUGGAGGAGGCCGGAGGAUUGGGUGGAGAUCACAACAGAAGAGAGAUAUAGUGAAGCAAUGAUGACAAGAAUCUUUGCUGCAGCUGUUGACUGCUGCUGGGUGGCGGAUGGGAGGUCAGCAGGGGCAGCUUGGAUUCUGAAUAUAUUUGUGUUUUUUUUUUUGGGGGGGGGGGGGGGGGGGGGGGUAAUGUAACUAUAUUAUUUUAUGGUAGAUAGCAUGUGAGCCAGUGUAGCAGUUUGACCCUUUUAUUCUUCUUUGUUUAGGGUUUCAGUGUAUAAGUUUUAUUAAUACUACUUGCCCGUCUUAGUUCUUGUUACUGGUGUUAUUUUAUGGUAGGAUCUGGUUAUAAUGUCUUCA